GCCCCGCAUCCCGGCCCUACGUGCUCGCCCCUCUUCCUCCGUCGCUCGCAUCUGAAACGAGGAAUAGGGAACCGAUCUUGUUCGCGUGGGGGGUCGAGGUGGGUAUUUGACGUUUUGACUCGGAUCAUGGUGAGCAGCUCGAGCAGACAGAGAGAGCUGACCUGAGGUGUGAGACGCGGAUCGUUGGGUAGAGGCGGAGAAGAAGAGGGUGAGGAGGAGGGAGAAGGGGAGGAGGAUGGUGCUAGUGCUUGCGCUGGGGGAUCUGCACAUCCCGCGCCGGGCGCCCGACCUGCCCGCCAAGUUCAAGUCCAUGCUCGUGCCUGGCAAAAUCCAGCACAUCAUCUGCACUGGGAACCUCUGCAUCAAGGAAGUUCAUGACUACCUGAAAAGCCUUUGCCCUGAUCUCCAUAUUACCAGAGGUGAAUAUGAUGAGGAUGCUCGGUACCCAGAGACUAAGACACUUACAAUUGGUCAGUUCAAGCUUGGGCUGUGCCAUGGUCAUCAGGUUGUUCCAUGGGGCGACUUGGAUUCCCUAGCGAUGCUGCAGCGGCAGCUGGACGUGGACAUCCUCGUCACGGGGCACACCCACCAGUUCAAGGCCUACAAGCACGAGGGCGGGGUGGUCAUCAACCCCGGCUCCGCCACGGGCGCCUACAGCAGCAUCACCUACGACGUGAACCCGAGCUUUGUGCUGAUGGACGUCGACGGCCUCCGCGUGGUGGUGUACGUCUACGAGCUGAUCGACGGCGAGGUGAAGGUGGACAAGAUCGACUUCAAGAAGACGGCGACGAUGCACGCGUAGCAUGGCGCGGCACAGAAGAUACUGAUAAAUGAGUUUCAGACAUGUCCAGUUGCUGUUUCCCCUUUUGCUUGGUUCAGAGCUCCCUGAACUCUUCUUUUUUUUUCUACCGGUUGUGCUCGCCUGUUCAUGCGAAAAAAAUGGAGCUAGUUUACAGAUUAGUUUAUCAGAUUACAGGGUGGUGAUGUGUUUAACUGUUUAGUAUUGCCUUUGGUUUGUGUUUGAGGCAUGAGCAAGUGGGCGUUGUGUUUGUGUAAAAAGUAGAGGAAAUAAUGAGAAGAAUAUUACUA